AUGGCAAGCAACCCGAAGCACCCAUCAUCAUCAUCUUCAAGCGCCGGCGAGAAAGAAAUGGAGUCUGAAGAAGAAGGCCAUACCAUAUUUUCGUCGGAAGAAGACGAACCGGAAGAUGCUCCACCGAGGAAGCGGCUGAGGGAAGGGAUGUCACCCAUUGAAAUUGAGAAGAAUAGACUGUUUACUGAUAAAGAUGAGAUUGUUUUGCUACAAGGUAUUAUUGAUUGCAAAGGGAAGAAUCCAUUUGAGAAUAAGCGCACACUCUACGAAUCAUUGAAGGGCUCUUUUAGCUUUGAUGUUACGUUGGAUCAGUUCAAGGUUAAGAUUCAAAAUCUGAAGAGGAGUUAUAGAAAUAAAGUGAUGAGGGGUGGAGAAGCUUCUUGUUUGAAUCCGCAUCAACAAAAGUGUUUUCAGUUGUCAAAGCUUAUCUGGGGAGCUCACGGGAUAGCUUUUGAGUCUGCUAACGGGAAAUUAAACAAGAGUGAGAGGAGGAGAGUGUCAAAGAAGCUUGACUUGGUCUCUCCACCAAAGGCUAAGGGUAGGAAUGUUCAAGAAGGUAGUAGAGAUAUGAAGAAGUCACCACUUGUAUCUGAUUGGGAUGAAACUGCUUUCUUUGUUGGUAUGGAUUUUUUGAAAGAAAAAUGGACCAAAGUGUCAACUGAGACUAAGAAGGAAACCCAUGGGAAGAUGAAGAAGUUGCUUGCUAAUGAACUUGAAUGUCAAAAAUUUGAAGACAUGUUGAAGAUUAUGAAAGAUAAAUGUGCUCAAGAAAAGGUAGAGCUGUUGAAUAAGGUUACCUCUUUGAUCAUGGCAUCAGAGAUUAGAUCCAAAUAA